GCCGCGGUGGCCGUCCGGGGGCGACACGUCCUGGGAGUACGCCGGUCGGAAGCGCAGCUGGGACUGACACGUGGACUUGGGCGGCGCUGCCCGGUGGGUCGGCUGGGCGGGAACGGACCCGGACACCCUGUGCCCACGCCGUCCGCGCCCGAUGCAGCCGCUCCCGGAUGAGGCCCGCAGGGAAGCGGCCGAGGACGCCCAGUGGUCCAGACCCGAAUGCCAGGUGUGGACGGGGACGCUGCUUCUGGGGACAUGCCUGCUAUACUGCGCCCGCGUCAGCAUGCCCGUCUGUGCCGCCGCCAUGAGCCAGGACUUCGGCUGGAAUAAGAAGGAGGCCGGUGUUGUGCUCAGCAGCUUCUUCUGGGGCUACUGCCUGACUCAGGUGGUGGGCGGCCACCUGGGGGACCGGAUCGGGGGUGAGAAGGUCAUCCUGCUGUCGGCUUCCGCCUGGGGCCUCAUCACCGCCGCCACGCCGCUGCUUUCCCGCCUCAGCAGCGCCCACCUGGCCUUCAUGACCUUCUCUCGCAUCCUCACGGGCUUGCUCCAAGGGGUUUACUUCCCUGCGCUGACCAGCCUGCUGUCCCAGAAGGUGCGGGAGAGUGAGCGAGCCUUCACCUACAGCACCGUGGGGGCCGGCUCCCAGUUUGGGACACUGGUGACGGGGGCCGUAGGCUCCCUGCUCCUGGACUGGUACGGCUGGCCGAGCGUCUUCUAUUUCUCGGGUGGGCUCACCCUGCUGUGGGUGUGUUACGUGUACAGGUGUCUGCUGGGUGAGAAAGAUCUCAUCCUGGCCUUGGGCAUCCUGGCGCAGGGCCUGCCGGUGUCCAGACACACCAAGGUGCCCUGGAGACAGCUCUUCCGAAAGCCUUCUGUCUGGGCGGCCAUCAUCUCCCAGCUCUCAGCGGCCUGCUCCUUCUUCAUCCUCCUCUCCUGGCUGCCGACCUUCUUUAAGGAGACCUUCCCCAGCUCCAAGGGCUGGGUCUUCAACGUGGUGCCCUGGCUAGUGGCCAUUCCCGCCAGUCUGUUCAGCGGGCUUCUCUCAGACCGUCUCAUCAAUCAGGGUUACAGGACCAUCACUGUGCGGAAGUUCAUGCAGGCGAUGGGCCUCGGCCUGUCCAGCGUUUUUGCCCUGUGUUUGGGCCACACCUCGAGCUUUUGUAAGUCUGUGGUCUUUGCAUCAGCCUCCAUCGGCCUCCAGACCUUCAACCACAGCGGCAUUUCCGUUAAUAUCCAGGACCUGGCCCCGUCCUGUGCCGGCUUUCUGUUUGGUGUGGCCAACACAGCUGGGGCUUUGGCAGGGUGCAGGAGUCGUGGGCGUGUGCCUGGGUGGCUACCUCAUCGAGACGACGGGCUCCUGGACAUCCGUGUUCGACCUGGUGGCGGCCGUCAGCAGCCUUGGGCUAUGCACCUUCCUGGUGUUUGGGAAGGCCCAGCGGGUGGACCUGAGCCCCGCCCAUGAGGACCUCUAGCCGACCGACCCCCUGUCCCCGAGGACCCAGCGCCGUCCCCUCGGGGACAGCGUUCAGCUUAGAGGCCCCUUGCUCCUGGCCCGCAGGGUGAGCAGAGGCGGGGGAGCCUCAGCCCAGCAGGAGGGUGCGGUCCGGUUCCCCCGCCCUUGGGGGUCGCAGCCUCCUUCCGGGCUGAUGGGACCUCACGGUGGGCGGAUUAGCAUCUUCAGCAGCAGCAGCUUCGUCACAGACACGGCCUGUUCCUCGUAGAGCCGUACAAGCCCCACGUGGUCAGCCCGCCCGGGGCCGUGUCACUGCAGGGCAGGGCGCCCCACUGGAGUCUCUCCCCAGACCUGCCUGGCUCUGUUUCUCUGCUCUUGGGGUCGGAUCUCUGUGGUGGGCCGUCCUGUGCACUGUGGGGCGUUUAGCAGCAUCCCUGGCCCCCACCCACUAGAUGACCCCCCCCAGUCAUGACAGCCAACCCUGUCUCCUGACAUCACCAAGUGUCCCCGGGAGACCCGCCCCCUGGCUGAGGACCACAGCUCUAGAAGAAGGCCAGGGAGGGCUGUGGUGUUUCCGCUUCUCUAGGCACCCAGGCUGAGGCCCCCCAGUUCGAUGGGUGGGCAGAAGUGGGGGCUCGAGGCCCUUGUGCAUCGUUGGGGACCCUGCCCCCGGCGUCCCCUCCCGUGGAUUCCCAGGCACUGGCGAUGCGUCCUGCUCCCCUGGUGCCUGGGGAGGGCGCGUGGGCACCCGCUCCUGGCCAGGACACGCCCCGGAACCAGUGAACCCACCGGUCCGCAUUCUCUUUCUCCCUCCUUGUUUACAAUAGAGGGGCCGGUCGUCUCGCGGAUUAAUAAUAGAUUUUGCAAGAUGUAUAUGCAGAGAAAAGAAACUAUGAGAAUGGAAAAGCACACCAAAGCCUUAUUUAAAUGAUGACUAUUAAACUAUUUAAAAAGAAAACCAUAAUGUUAUUUAAGGCCCUUCUUAUGAAAAGAAUAAAUGAGUGUUAAAGAUUUAUUUCACUAGUUCGAGGAAACCAGCAACGUGUUUCAAACAGUUGAAGGAAAAUGCCAAGAACAGACAUACUGAUCCUCCAGGAUGCUGACACACACGUGCAAAUACAGCCGAGGUGGGGUUUCCUAGCUCCCGCUCUGGACAGACCCCGCCUGUGCGUCUGUGUCGGAGCUGCUUGGUGUAGCUGUCAGCUGUGUAGAUUCUAGAAUCAGACAACUCCUAAUUUUCCAUGUAAGCAAAGAUUUCCUCCCGCAGCCCCCCCACUUGUGAUCAGAAAGACUCUGAAAGAAAGAUUCGCGAUUACAGAGUGAGUCUGGCCCCUGUAGGUUUGGCCUGACUGUUCACGGAGAUGCAGCCAGAAUGUUAAUUUGCCAUAAAGGCCGCGCUGUCUGCUCGGCUGGGGGUUUUCAUGAGAAACCGCGGGUGGGUUUCUAGGCUGUGCUGUCCCGAGCUGGGAGCCCUGCCCGGGAAACUCCCCGGGGCGGGGUGGUUUCCUCAGGACACAGGACACAGGACACAGGACACAGGACGCAGGUGUGUCCUCGUGCCCGCAGCGCAGGGAUGCUCUGCCUUCUUGUUGGGCAACCGUCACCGCCAUCAUCGUCGUGACUUUCUCCUCCCAAACUGGAGCUCUCCCCUCCCCCUCCCCCAGAUCCUGGCGCUGCUUUCCGUCUCUAUGAACUUGACCCUUUAGGGACCUCAAUGGAAACGUAUCCUACAGCAUUUGUCCUUUUGUGACUGACUCAUCUCGCUAAGCAUGGUGUCCUCAGGGUUCGUCCAUGCUGUAGCGCGUGCUGGGAUUUCCUUCCUUUGUAAGUCCGUGUAAUACUUCAUUGUAUGGCGGGACCACGUGUUGUUCAGCUCUUCAUCCAUCGGUGGACAGUGGGCUGCUUCCACCUCUCGGCCGCCGUGAAUUCGCUGCUGUGAGCAUGGAUGUGAGAGUAACACCUUUCUUUCUAACCCACAGCAAACUGUAAACUCUUGGAGAGCGUGAGAGAGACGGCCCUUCCCGUGGGAACAUAGCCGUCUGGGGUCUCAGUGCUCGAGCCCUGAAGGGAUGCGGGACCCAGAAGGUGCUGGUGGGUCCUGCUCAGCAGGGGGUCCUAGGGCAUACGUGUAAACUGGGAUCCCCGGCCUCCUGGAAUCCGAGUCUGGUCACGCUUCUGUUAGCACCUGGCAGAAUAGGGGAGGGAGAAGCCAGGAUGUGGGGGCCCUGGGCCUGCUGUGCAGUAGCUGGGCCCAGCCUCCUCCCGUCACUGCCGUCCCUCGUGCUCAGUGUGACCUUGGAGCUGGGUGCGGCCCCUCAACCCUUCCCAAUGCCAGUGUUGGGCCCUGGGUCGGGCUCCGAGGAUUCCAGGUGAAAUGGUUGUUGGCAGGGAGGGCAGCGUUAGCACAGAUGGGCGGGAGGAUGGCCGGGCCCCACUGUGUUAUCUGGUGCAGCCAGGCUCAGACACGUCCCCAGCCCGGCUGGCCCUGGCAGGAUCCCAGGGCCGACACCAACCCUGAGUGCAGUAGGGGGAGAGCCGGUGCGGAGUCUGUAGGGCCACCAAACCCCAGACACUUCCCUCCUGAGAGGAGGGGCUCUGGCCGCCCGGGGCCGUGAGUGUGCACUUGUGCAGGGCAUGUGUGCAAUAGUGCAUGUGUGUGUGUGCAUUUGUGCACGCAUGUGUGUACGCCUUGCCUGCCUGGCCCACAGCCAGGAGGCGCCUCGGGAGGGCCAGGCUGCUGUCCUCCUGCAGCUGGCUGACAGAGGGCGCCGUCUGACAGGGCUUUUCCCGGCCCCAGAGCAGCCGACCUGACGCUUCCCUAGGGCGCCAGGUGGGAGCCGAGGGGUCCAGCUGGCCACCCUGUGCCGUGCAGGCCGGUGCUCUUGCCCCUCAGCUCUGUAGGAAGGGACGGGUUGGAAGGACAUUCCAGGCGCAGGGAGGCUCGAGGCUGGACCCCCAGGCGGGAGGGGGCCCGAGGAGCGGCAGGACCUGGGGGUGCGCGUAUGGGAGCGGGGACCCUCUCCCACCACCCCUCCCCCAGUCUGGGUCCCCACUGUGGGUCCCUCCCGCUGGCUGCUGGGCCUGCACACACG